GCUGCGCUCGUUUAAACGGAUCGCGAGUCACACCAAGUGCUUGAACUUUUAGUCCACAAUCUCGGAUACUGCAGUGAAACUUUGUCAAAAAAGGGUUAAUCGAGAGGAAGAAUCCGAAAAUGGAUCCCGUGCGGUAUCCAGACCUCCAAGAAAUGAUCCAGAACGCAGGAGUCUGUCCAAUCUGCUUCAUGGAAAUGGGUCAAAUGCCAACGUACGAGUGCGAUAACGGCCACACGAUGUGCCACCGAUGCAAGCCGUACUAUCACGCAUGUUCCAUGUGCAAUGGACCGUUGAAUUUCUUCCCGGCACCGGAAAUGGAUCCUACGCAAACGCCACCGCCGAUCCACUUCAUGCCACAUAUGAUGCCGAGGGAUUUCGUAUCUACCGAGCCCAGCGCGCCUUACGAGGACUUUCUUCAUCACGAGAGAGGAUCCUGGGGUCCACCGUCUCCUGACCCGGAACAGCACCUCGGGUACUGCAAGUACUCGAACUUCGGAUGCUGGAUUAGAGUUCCUGAGUUCCUCAGAGAGCUUCACGAGAUGAGAUGCCAGUUCAGGCCAUUCCUCGAGGAGGAACAGCUUCCAACUGAUUUUCAUCCGAACGAUGAUCUCGUGUCCUGUGCUCACGCAGUGGUUGGAUGCAGCGUGAUGGUACCAGCUUGGAGGAAGCCGAUACACGAGCCACUCUGCUUAUUCAAAGAACGUUUCGAGGCCUUUAACGCAGGGGAAUCAGAACCGGAACCAGAUGUAGAAGGUGAAGGUGAUGAGGAUCCGGAUGAACUCGUGGAGUGCAAGUUGAAGAUUUAUGGAUGCCGAGUAAGGAUGCAACGGCGUCGCAAGGAGAUUCACGAAGGGAAAUGUAACUAUAAUACAUACUACAAGGAGGAGGACUUCCAGGAACCAGAAGAGGAACCAGAAAAGGAACCAGAAAAGGAACCAGAAGAGGAACCAGAACAGGAUCCUGAUGAGCUGAUAGAGUGCAGGCUAAAAAUUUAUGGAUGUCGUGUUAGGAUGCCACGCCAUCGGCAGGAAAGUCAUGAAGCGAAGUGCAACUAUAAUAAAUACUAUAAAGAGGAGGACUUUUAGAACUUAGAAAACGAGCACUUUCCCGAAACUGCGAUAGGAAAAUUAAAAAUUCCUUGGGAAGAGAUAUACGUUACAUUUUUGAAACGGAGAAUUUGUUUCUCCUGCAUUUCAAAACCGACUGACUACUACAGACUCUCGCAAUUCUGUGCAAUUGAAGUUUUUGUAUACAAAAUGGCGAUGACGAGUGUAGAUAGCAAUUGUGAAUAGCUAAGAUAGAGUAACCAAAAGCCUGUAGACUCGAAAAACAUAAAAAAAAUAAAUGCCAGUAAUUUUUACA